AUGGCUGCGCCCAUGGAAGUUUGUCGUGUAUGCUGUUGCGAACUUCCAAAGAAGCACAGACGCGUGAUUUUUGGAGAAACUUUCGGUGUUUUUAACCAAUUGACACAAGUCCUCGAUUAUAGUGCCCCCCCCCCCCCCAACGAUGGUCUUUCCAAAUAUGUCUGUGGAUUUUGCUUUACGAAGCUUAAUAAACUGUACAAAAUUGACAUGGAUUUGAUACAUAAAAUGGACUCUCUAAGGAGGGAAAAAAAUGAGGUCUUGGGAAUUCUUAGGGAGAAACACAAACAGUCUUUACAAAUGAAUAUAAUUAGAACUCCAAAGGCACAAGAUAAAAGAACCAUAGUGCAUUCGCCAACACCCAGAAAGACAAAAAAAUCUUUGUUUUCAACCCCCCGGAAAAAGGAACAAACAGAGGAGUGCCUGGCUAUGCAAACCAACAAUCCACCAGUAAAUCCACCAGGUAAACAACAAAAAACAACAGAUCAGAAAGAUGUGCUCAGACUUCACUUACCUACAGAGAAAGCUACUUCCAUUGACACUCAAAAACCAAUCACCAUAAAGUCCUUCACACCUAGUAAACUGAAGGUUGUGUACAAAACAAAGAAAACAAUGAAAGUAAGAACAAAACUGGUAAAAGAUUGUCAAUUAAGUGAAAUUGUCAGAGGUUUAACCAUCCACAAUGCACCAAAGAGAACAGCUCGGGCUAUCUACAAUUCACCUCUAAAAGAAGGAAUCAACAACCAAAUUAUGAAAGAACUAAAGGAAGAAAUUGGGAAACUGACAUCAAGUAUUAACUGUUCUUUGCUUAGACAAAUAGAUAGCAAAAGUCUGGCUACAUUUAGUUUUGAUAAAGUGAAUGAGGAAAUAAAGUUGUGGGCACCUUUGUUUCACCAAUGCAUGACAACAUUAACAAAUAAAAAUGCCAUGGGAGCCAUUGUAGCUUCAUGUGUACUGCUGAAAUCCAGCAACACACAUAUGUCUGCUUUCCAACAUGUCAUAGGCCAGAUUCUUGACCAUGGUGGAGCUACUGAUGAUACUAUAGAUACUUUGUCAAAGAUGGGCAUGUGUGUGUCUGCAUCUUCAUCAGCAAAAAGAAAACAUCACCUACUCAGCAGACAACAGCAGCAUAUCAAAAGAUUGCUUACAGAGCCGGCAGAGGAUGAUGAGCAAAUUACACAGAGACUCAGUAAGUCAAGUGACAUUAUAGGUGACAAUAUUGAUAUAACACGUAGUCCAUCUCAAAUGAGUGUUGACCGAAGACGACAAAGCUGGCACUGGUUUCUGCUUGUGGCAUUAGAAAAAAGAGUUGUAGAUCCUACACUUGAUGACACACAUCCUAUUGCUGACAUCAGUCAAGUGGAAAACAGUUUGUUUAUUCCAAACUUGGAAGAGUCUGCUUUCCUUGAAAACCAUUUUAUGCACCAUAUUAUGCAGGUCCUUGUCAAGUAUGUGGACAGUCUUAAUAGGUACAAGUCAUGCAUUCCACAAUACAUAAAUCAUCCCCACCUUAACGCUAGUUGUAGAAAAUCUGACCAUGCCAUUAUUGACCUCUUAGACAAAAGUGAGAAUAAGUCAGAAGAAAUGAUUGAUAUACUACAAUAUAUUCAUGAAAAAUGUAUUGCAAGAUCAGAUUUAGAUAAUGAUACCCCUUCAAACCUAAAGAAGAGGGUAUUUGGAGGCGAUGUAUUAACCAAUGAGAGAGCAUAUGCUGCCCAAUUAGCACUUCACAAUGGUAUGACAGAAUUCAGUAAACUUCAGUGUGUCAUUCACCGACCUGAAGGGUUACAUAGGAUGAUGAAUCUGCUACUGGUAUCAGUGUGUUGGUUUAGUUCCAGUUAA